GAACGAAUACAACGCGAACACGAUAGAAGACACGCAAAUAAUGCUCGAGAGAGAAUUCGUGUCAGAGAUAUUAACGAGGCAUUUAAGGAGUUAGGGCGAAUGUGUGUUAUUCAUGCACCAUCAGAGAAGGCCCAAACUAAGUUAUCUAUUUUACAUCAAUCGGUUCAAGUAAUAACGCAGUUGGAAGCCCAAGUUCGAGAACGGAAUCUCAACCCUAAAGCAGCUUGCUUAAAACAUCGUGAAGAAGAGAAAGUGUCU